AUGAUCCCUUCUGCUGUUUUUUCGCACACGGUACGGGCGUUUACACCGCCCCCGGAAGACGAGGUCAUUGCCCUGCCCGUGGCAGAGACCAAGAUCGGCGUGUCGCUCUUUGGAGGAUCGACGAGCCAGCAAUUCAAGGCUGCGCUGGACGCCAUCGACGUGGAUGCAUGCGAGGUAGACGGCGAAAAUGCAUUUUUCGUCGCGGACCUCGCGCAGAUCUACCGCCAAUACACUCGGUGGCGCCGCGAGCUGCCACAUAUUGUCCCAUUCUACGCCGUCAAGUGCAACCCAGAGCCUAUGGUUCUCCGCUUGCUUGCCGCGCUUGGCACGGGUUUUGACUGUGCGUCGAAUGGCGAGAUUGAAAAGGUGCUGGAUAUGGGCGUUUCGCCGUCGCGCAUUAUCUAUGCAAACCCAUGCAAAGCAUCGUCGUUUGUGCGCCGUGCUGCCAAGCAGCAAGUUGGACUCACCACCUUUGACAACAUGGACGAGCUGGACAAGAUGAAGCGCUUCCACCCGCGCUGCAAGCUCGUCGUUCGGAUUCUUACGGACGACUCGAAGAGCGUGUGCCAGCUCGGGAUCAAGUUUGGAGCACCGCUCAAAGACGUGCCUGCUCUCCUGGCCAAGGCCAAGGCGCUCGACCUGGACGUGGUCGGGGUCAGUUUCCACGUCGGCUCUGGCUGCUAUGAUCCGGAAGCAUUCCGGGACGCUGUUUUGCGCGCGCGCAAAGCGUUCGACAUGGGCAAUGACGUUGGCUACCACUUUGACCUGCUGGAUAUUGGCGGGGGGUUUGAGCACGACAACUUUGACGCCAUUGCCGUUGUGCUGCGCAGUGCAUUGGCCGACUACUUCCCCGACGAGCAUUUUGCCCCGGGCGGCAGCGCAAUGGUCAAUCACCCAAACGGCCUGCGCAUCAUUGCCGAGCCUGGGCGCUACUUUGUCCAACACGCAUUCUCACUGGCUACCAAUAUUAUUGCACGGCGAAUCCGCGCUGCGGACGAGGCAGAGGAACCGAGCCAGGAUGCCAAGCCCGAGGCAAUGUAUUACCAAAACGACGGCACAUACGGCGCCUUUAACUGUAUAAUGUUUGAUCACCAGCAUGUGGUGCCCAAAGUGCUCUCCUUGCACCGCGAGUUUGUCUACCGCGCAGACUGUGCCGCGCCCGGCGCGGGGAAAGACACGCUGUGGCCCUGCAGUGUUUGGGGCCCAACGUGCGAUAGCAUUGACUGCAUUUUGCGCCUGACAUACCUGCCGCGGUCCUUGGACGUGGGCGACUGGCUCGUGUACGAAAACAUGGGCGCAUACACGCUCUGUGCAUCGUCGAGCUUCAAUGGGCUUGAGCUUGCCAAGGUGCGGUACACGAUUGGCAGCACCGACCAGGACGGCGCGGCAGAAAUGGUGAUGGAUUUACUGGCCGCGUCGGACGUGCUGGAUACACUCUCGUAA